ACGGACAAAACAUUGUUUAUAUUUGUUUUCACGUGGUUUUAUAAACCGUUAAGUUAAAUGAAAGACCCAGAAACCUACAGAACUCUACACAGUGCACUUGCCGCAACUUGCCAGGUGCCUGGUUAAGAACAGUAGCAACAAAAAAUUGUUAAAAUAGAAAAUUGCAGUUAAAAUGUCAGCAGAAACGGAGGAAAACCCUCAAGACUCCGAAAACAGUACCAAAGCUGUCGAGGAUAUGUGGAGAAUUAUUUACAACCCUGUUAUUAAUAUCGUGCCGGAACUUGAAAAAGAAACUACGAAGGAACAAGUUUGUUCAUUCUUGGAAGCUAUUUUACGAUCAGAUUUAAGCAAUAUUUUAGUGCCUAACUCGACUGGAACAGAUCCAGUUUCUGAAGAUGUACAAAAACGAUACUUAGCUUAUGCAACAUGGUUAUUCGGUGUUAUGUUUCACAUACUCGUAACUGGCUCUUCUCUGAACGACAAAAUACUCGAGCUCAGUAUCGAAGUGCAAGCAAAAAUGUUGAGGGUACUCUCUCGAAAUCAAAUUCCAAUGCAUUCUUUUAUUAUAUCAGAAUAUCUAACAAUAAUCGACGAGUUAUUGAACUUUGAUGAAUUCUCAAUAGAGCAAGAACUCAAAUUGGAUAAAUUUAAGGGUGAGAGAAACCUCAUCGAUAAUAUGGACCUGACGCCCUUUCCUAUCACUAUCAAGGUCAUACCUUUGACUCAAUCUUCCCUUUUGCAGAUAGUAUUAAAAUCUGGAGUUUCUAUGUGGGAUCAUACUUCCCUUUGGGAGAAAAGUAUGAGAAUUCUUGUGAAUUCGUCACCUGAGGUUAAAAUUUUAUCUCUAAAGGUCUUCAUUCAAUGUAUUCAGUUUAAUCUUGUGAAUGAAAAGGAUUUAGAGGCAGUGAUAAAAUAUGUUAUCGAGAUCGCCAACACAAUUCCCACUUGGAGCCGAGAAGGAAUAGUUUCACACGAAUCAUUAUUGCAAUAUUCAGAAGUCUUCUCUAAACUCAUAAAAUUGAUAAAACCAUCUCUAGAUUCUACGAAUCUCUGCUUCGAAUUAGUGGAUCUAAUCGCACAGAAGUUCAUUGGAAAAGAAUUGGAAGAAAGAAUCUAUGAUAAAAUUGGACAGUAUCUGAAAAAUAAUCCUAGGUAUUAUAUUUCGUCCAUCAGAAAAUUUAUUCACUACUCAGAAGCUCUCCCAAAAUUCAACUCGGUUCUCAUGUACUACAUUUUCAACGACCUGCAAAAUAUUUCCCUGAAUCAAGAACCUAUAAAAGUCAAAAGCGUCAGUAAAUUAUGGGAGAACUUACGAGCAUUAUUUAUAAAAAAUCUUUCAAAGAGAAACUUUUCUCAAAUUUCCUCUUUUUUGGAAUCCACAAGUUUGCUGGAUUCCUGGUUUAUAGAUCGCAAAAUGAAUGCUCAACUCUAUGAAGAGGACAUGGAGCUUAUUUUCAGUUUUUUGGCAGAGAAUUUAAACUAUUCGAAUUCCCAAUCAAAUAUUUUAGUCUUCCAUUGUUUGAUGCAACUGAUAGCUCACAGUGAAUCUAACAAGGAAAAAAUCCAGCAAAUUUUAUCGUUGCCUUGGACUAAGAAAAGAUCGGAAUCAAUGGAAGUUGAUAACGAUUUGAAGUCAGUAGCCGAUUCGCUAGAUUUUGAGACGAAAAUUAAAUGUUUGGAAACAGUUUGUCGAUAUGGAAAUGGAAAAUCUCAUUUGCAAUUGUUAAAGGAGUGUAUUUCAAAUCCUGAUGUCGAAUUUACAAUCGCUGGUGUCUCGAAUUGCCUUCUAUUAUCGGUGAAUGAUGACAUAAGAGUUGAAGACAUUUUGAAAUUGAUCCACUCAAUAAAUUCUUCCAAGUCACAAAAACUUCAGGAAGCUGUGGCGAAAAUUUUAGGCGAAUUGAUUUGUCUUCUGUCCAAAUGCGCAACAUUGGUCAGAGAAUCUUGGAAUAGAUCCAAACUCGUUGUAAAAUGCAACGUUUGUGAUAAACUAGAGCACGGAGAUGAUUCAAGAAUAUACAAUUUAUCUUCGAGAUCCGAAACGAUAAUUUCUUCGCUCUUUGAAUCUCUAAUUACUUCACAUUCAGUUGAAGUUCGUCUACGAAUGUCGGAAAAUUUCCUCCGAUUUUCGAACCACAUUAAGAAUUUUAACACGAACAAAAUUUCCAAUUUGUGGUUGCCAUACAUACGUGAUGAUAACUCUGAUGUUCGAAAUAAUGUUGGGAACGUAAUCGGUUAUUUGCUGCAAAAUAGAAUCGCCCAGUUACAACAGACUCGUAUCCUUUCGGCAGAUGACGUUCCAAACGAAUUGGAUGAAUUUGUAGACUCUUUUGUUGAAAUUUUGUCCAAAUCGAUGGUAAAGGCGAUUGAUAGUUUGAAUUAUUUGCUGCAUCUGCAGUUGCUUUCUACUGCUAAAAAUUUCGCUUGCGUUCGUCUUCAUUUAACAGAAAGAAGAAUUCUGAGUCUUUUCAUUGUGACAAUAUUACAUCCGCUCUCAGGAUCAAGAGAAGUUGCUUUUGCGACUGUGGCUUUCAAACAAGUGGCAGCGUUUCAUGAAUUGAGUCCAAAAGAGAUGUACGUACGGUAUCGGAAACAUUUUAUGGAGAUGAUGAUGGAAAUGUCAGUACAAAAUUAUGUGGAUUAUAAAUACAAUAUGGUGGCGUCAAUUCACCGAGUCGCCACAUGCGUUGGAUACGAAGGAGCUGCACAUAUAUUGCGAAAAGAUGUUCAUCUCGCUGUGAGCCAUUUAAUUCCCCACAUUGUUAAAACGCCGAAAGCGAUUUCUUUGCUUCAAGAUAUAGCAGAACCAAAUCGAGUCGACAAAAAGGAGUUGCUAAAAGAUCACUUUCAGCACAUAUGCGCUCAUGCUUUUCUCAUCGAAGAUUCAGAUAUCGGCGAAAAGUGUUUGAAACUUGUUUCAAAAAUCACGGAAUGUGAUAUGCAGUAUUUGAUGAGCAGAUCCUUUGAGGAAAUUUUCAGUGAAUUGUUUCUGCAAUUUCACGCACAAACGGAAAAGGUGAUUUUCUGUCUCGAAGUAAUGUCCAGAUUUAACGGACAAGGCCCGGUGCAAUUCGAAACAAACAAUUUAGAACAAAUCACUGCCUAUCUCAAUCCUUAUUUGCACGGAGUGUUAGUCGCUUUGGAGGUGAAUAUUAGCAAGAUGGCAGACGAGUACACUCAGCAAUGUGCGAUCGCUUCUUUAGCGACACUGAUGCGAUUCAUGGGUCCUGUAUACAUUACGCCUCUUCGCUACAAAAUCCUCGCGACUUUACGAAUGCUUCUGGGAUUUACUAGACCUGGAUUUAGAAAAUUGUCUUAUCAAGCCUGGGAUGCUUUUUUGCGCAACACCUUGACAGAAGACCUGGGACCAUUGCUACCGACAAUUUUCUCUUCAGUUGUGCCUUUAUUAGAAAGCUACCCGAAAGAAACAAACGAAAUGCUGGAAUAUUUGAUUGUCAAAAACGAGGAAGCCUUCUCACCUUACAUUCCUGAAUUGUUCUUUAUUGAAGAUCUCAACGUUUCCAUAAAUAUCUCGAGUAUCGUGACAAACUGCAUCAGGCGCAGAAAACCAGAAUGCGUUAAAGAAGAGCUAAGUUUGUGGCUGAAACGUAUAGGACACGAAACGGAUAACGUUCGUUUAAGAGCCUUAAUCCACUUAAAAAAGUUUCUCGCGAAACAUCGAAGCGAACUUAACGAACUAAUUCUUAGCAACGCGAGUGUUCAUCCAUUGAUUCUUGAGCUUUUGGAUGCACUCAUGGCUGGGUGUAGGGAUAAGGAUGAGACAAUCCAAUUAGCUUACGGAGAAUGUCUCGGAGAACUCGGAGCUGUGGAGCCCAGUCUCCUACCUCGAAGAAUUGUUUCAAGAGAUGAUAAGAAGUUCAUAUCUGACACAAAUGAAGAGUUUGCUUGUGAGGCGCUUAUCGAACUCGCAAGAGGAUUCCAGAUGCAGAAAAGCACACAGGACACAGGCUGCUUUUCUCUAGCGAUACAGGAAAUACUGAAGGCUUAUGAGAUUUCACCAAAAAGCGCUAAGAGCUGUUAUUGGGAGAGUAUGCCCUUCACGAUUCAGGAGAUGAUUUUUCCCUUCUUGAGUUCUCGCUAUAUGAUCCAGAUUCUUGAAACUCAGAAUGAGUAUCCUCAUCCGAUUUACGGGACUGACAUGGGAACGACUUUUGAAAACUGGGCUUAUAAUUGGGUAAUGAGCAUGUCGCGAAGCGUUGAAAAUCCUACGCUUAAAAAAAUUUUGACGACUUCGACACCGGCUUUUAAACGCGAUGUGCGAACAGUCGUAUUUUUCAUUCCACAUAUUGCAGCACACAUAGUGGCGAAUGGGUCAGAAUUACAAUGGACGAAAAUUUCCGAGGAAAUGUUGGCUGUCAUAACAGGCAAUGAGCAAUCAACAAAAGAUCCAGAGUUGAUGAACAAUCGACCCUUGCGAGUCUUCAAUGCAGAAUCAUCAAGUACCAGAGUUUCGGAUGAAGCAAAACGCGUGAGAUGUUCCCAAGUCGUCUUCCUGACACUCGAGCAUCUCCAGAGGUGGCUCCGAGAACGUCGCCUAGAGAGAGACAAGAAAUACGUAUCGAUUCAGAACUUUUGUGGUAAACUCAAUGGCCUCGUUCUCGCUCAAGGCUGCUACAAAUCCUACGAAUAUCACCGUGCUCUCAUGUACUUGGAAGAACACAUGGCUCUCAAAAAAGACGCUCUCUCCGUCAAAGAAGAACGCGAUCUUCUCGCUAAAAUAUACCUGCAGCUUGAAGAGCCAGAUGGUGUCUCUGGUGUCCUAGCAUCUCAAAAUCAGUGCCCGACUCUUCAACAAUUAGUUUUGGCUCACGAGGUCAGAGGAGAAUUCCAAGAUGCUGCGACCUGUUAUGAAAAAAUCGUCGAGAAAAAAGUGCCGGAACCGAAAUAUCUGCAGGGUAUGAUUCAGUGUUAUCUGAGUCUUAAUCAGCCCUUCACUGCCAUGAGUAUUACGAAGGGAGUUCUAGAAAGUAGACCCGAAUUGGAGCCACUGAUGGUUGAACAAGAAUGUUUGUGGAGACUCGCACACUUUGGAGAAUUAGACGAAACUGAGAACUUGAAGCAUAGUUUUUUGGAAGACCUUAAAAAUAGCGUACAGCCUAAUUUGAUUUCUGUUAAGAAGAGGAUUUUAUCUUUACUGGCAGCAGCAUCUCAUCCCGGUGCUUACGAGCACAGUUAUUCCCACAUAAUGAAGUUGCAUAUACUCAAUGAAUUUGAAAAAGCGACGGAAAAGAUUUUGGAAAACGUUGAAACUGUGCCGAGUAUUUUUGAAGAGUGGGAUAAACGAUUUCAAUUGGUGAAGGCAUCCACAGGUGUCGAAUUUGUCUUGAGUAUGCGAAGAGCUACUUUAGAUUUGGCACUGCGAUACCAGCUGGAAAACCACAAUACCGAGAAUUCUGUGUUAAAGGAGGAAAUUGGAAAAAUUUGGUUGAAGAGUUCCAAGAUUGCUAGGAAAGCUGGAUUAUAUCAACAAGCUUAUAUGCACGUUCUUUCUGCCGAAGAAAUGUGUCGACCUCAGGAAGUUGAAAUAGAGAAAGCUCAAUUGUAUUGGCAAAAGGGAAAUCAAGAGUAUGCAUUUGCAACUCUAAAGCGGUGUUUCGAUCAACAUUUUAAAUCUGCGGAUACGUACAAGAAAACACCACCAGAUGAGUUUACUGAGGAAAGGAAGCAGUGUGCUAAAGCAAAACUCUUGUUUGCGAAAUAUAAUCACGAGACCUUGAAUGUGGACGCCCGCACGAAUAUAGUAAAUUUCAAAGAAGCAGUUGAAGUGUGGCGAUGUUGGGAAAAAAGUUACGUUGCCAUUGCCCAGUAUUACGAGUCUUUGGUUGAUGCCAUGUCAGAUGAUGAAAAGGACCGUGUAGGACGGUANAUGCAAGUGCACAUGAUAAACUAUUACGGAAAAUCCUUAAUGUAUGGUUGCAAAUACGUCCAUCAAUCAAUGCCAAAACUUUUGACAAUUUUUUUGGAAUUCGCUUCCCGCACCCAACAAUGUACGAAGGCUGGUACUGUAGACAAACUUCAAACUGAAGGUUUAUCAAAAAUGACCAAAAUGAUAGAAAUAUUUAUGGAUUCACUACCGACUUUUACGUGGCUCACAACAUUCAGCCAACUCGUCUCCAGAAUUUGCCAUCCGUCUAAGGAAGUUCAAGUAACGUUAAGGACAAUUAUCGUGAAAUUAAUCGCUGCUCACCCUCAGCAUUGUCUUUGGAUGAUGGCUUCGGUUGACAAUUCUGCUUACCCAAUGCGUAAAACUCGCUGUGAGGAAAUAUUAAGUCACGAAAAAAUGAGGACCCCCGAAAUGAGAAAGCUCGUGAAUGAUUUUCGUGACCUGUGGGCAAGACUCAUUGAACUUUCGAACAAUGAUGUACCUCAGACUAUAUCCACCACGACUGUUUCUAUAUUAUCAAAAAAAUUGCCAGAUCUUUUAAGAAAUCCAAGAUUCAGUGCGAUAAUGAUGCCAACUUCAAAAUUCAGGAAACUUCAUCUUCCAUUGAAAGGAGAGUCGCUGAAAAACCACGAGCCUUUUUCAAGACACUGGGUUCAGAUAGUAGGAAUUGCAGAAAAAGUAACGUUGAUGCCAUCGCUUCAACGACCAAGAAGGAUAACAUUGAAAGGUUCGGAUGGAAAUAAUUACCUUUUCAUGUGUAAACCAAAAGAUGAUCUUCGGAGAGAUUUCCGUUUGAUGGAGUUCAACGAUAUUGUAAAUAAGUACCUCCAAAAAGAUCCAGAAUCGAGACAGAGAAGACUUUAUAUCAGGACUUAUAGUGUAGUACCGUUAAAUGAAGAAUGUGGUUUGAUAGAAUGGGUACCAAAUCUAGUCGGUCUUCGCCCUAUUAUUAUGAAUCUUUACAAAGAAAAGAAGAUCACUGUUUCUACUAAAGAUCUGAGAGUUCACCUCGUGAAACCUAAAGAAAAACUUGAGCUAAAGAGAAAGGCAUAUCUGGAGAAUUUGUUACCACUUCAUCCACCAGUUUUAAGCGAAUGGUUUCGACUAUCUUUUCCAGAUCCAUAUGGAUGGUAUGAGGCUCGUACAGCUUACAUCAGAACAACAGCAGUAAUGUCGAUGGUGGGAUACAUUUUAGGACUCGGAGAUCGUCACGGAGAAAACAUUUUGUUCGAUUCAAAAUCCGGCGACUGUGUUCACGUCGACUUCAACUGUUUAUUCAAUCGGGGUGAGUCUUUUGAGUAUCCAGAACGCGUUCCUUUCCGUUUAACCCACAACAUGGUGGAAGCGAUGGGACCUUUGAAGUACGAAGGGCCUUUCAGACGCUCCUGCGAAGUUACAAUGAGAGUCUUGAGAGAACAGACCACGACUCUCAUCAGCGUCUUGACUCCAUUUGUCUACGAUCCUCUCGUUAGCUGGUGCGAAAAAUCAAUUACUUCUGCGAAACCAAAAUACCGGGAACCCGACGAGAAGACGAACGAAAAGGCUGUUUUGCAAAUAGGAGACAUCAAGCAACGCUUAAAGGGCAUCGUGAGAUCCGUAGGAGACAAAAAGGAGAAAAAAGUUCAGAGUAUGGAACUGUACCUCAGAGUCGAAGGACAAACGAAUCUCCUCAUUCUGGAGGCUACCAGCGUCGACAAUCUUUGCCAGAUGUACGUCGGCUGGGGACCAUUCUUGUAAAUGUCGUUAAACAUUCAAAACUCAAUAUUAAUCGACUGCAAAUUGCUGCAUUUAUAAUUAAGUAGUAAUAAACAUUUUAUACUUUUUAUAAAUAAUACUAGAUACUUAGUCAAUCGUCACUAGUCGAAGUACAUAAAAAAUUAUUCUGACGCCGAAUUCAGUCUGUACAUUACGGCAAAAUUACAUCGAUUCGUUAGAGAAAAA